AUGGCUGACCCAAAGUUCAAGCCAAUUCAUAUAGCAAUAAUUGGUGGGGGAAUCGGUGGCGUCGUCCUGGGAAUUGCUCUCGCUAAAUUUCAACACAUAACCUUCACAAUUUACGAAUCACGAGCAGCAUUCGGUGAAAUUGGUGCGGGAAUUGGAUUCGGAGCAAAUUCUCACCUAGCGAUGAGCUUGAUAUCACCUGAAAUAUGGGAAGGAUACAAAACUCGUGCUACAUACAAUGGUUGGGAUGAGAAGCAGGAUACCUGGUUUGAUUUUUCUUUUGGCGAAAAAGGGGAGAAUGACGGGAAGCGAAUUAUCGAGGUUAGAAUGAGGGAGCAAGAUGACGCAGAGUACGGCUCAUCGAGCCCAUUUUUUGGAGAUCCUGGUCAAGUUACCCCCGGAAGGAAAGACUGAAUUCAACAAGAGGUUGGUAAACGUCGAUCAGAGUGGAGAGAAAGUAAUCUGCGAGUUUGCUGACGGCACUCGAGCAGAAGCCGAUGCUGUUAUAGGCUGUGAUGGAAUAAAGUCCAGCACGCGCCCAUUUGUAUAUGAUAAACAGGACGAGCUCGCAAAACCGAUCUUUACAAAAAAGGUGGCCUAUCGUGGUCUGGUGGCUAUGAAAGCGGCGGAAGCAGCACUUGGAGCUGAGAAGGCCAACAAUCGGCAAAUGUAUAUUGGGCACGGUGGCCAUGUAAGCACUAAAUUUUUCUUUUUCUUUUUUUGUUCCAACGUGUCGAAGAGUUUGAAUCUUGGUUCUGAUUGGUAUAGGUGUUAACGUUUCCGGUUGCGAAUGGCACCUUGAUGAACGUGGUGGCCUUUCGCAGUUAUCCCCAAGAAUGGAAAGGGGAGUGGGUGAAGCCCCUCCAAAAAGAGAAUGCUCAAGGUGCUUUUCCAGACUCACAUUGGGGCAAAAACAUUGUUACCAUUAUGAAAGUAAGCAGACUUCCAAAGGUCAUACUCGCAAGAUGAAACUGACUCUUUCUUCGAGCUUAUACAAAAUCCGGAUGCAUGGGCAAUAUUUCAACACCCAGAAGUCUCUACAUUUCACCAAAAAAAUUUGCGCCUCUGUCUUCUCGGGGAUGCAGGCCAUGCGAUGACCCCUCACUUUGGCCAAGGUGCUGGAAUGGCUAUAGAAGAUGCAUAUGUUCUUUCUAAUCUUCUUGGGGAAUGCGCUUCUACUGCAGAUUUGGUCACCGCUUUUGAAGCUUACGACAGUGUUCGGGUACCACGCACGAUGAGAGUGAUUUCAGCAAGCCACGAACAAGGAAGGGUACUUGACUUGGAAGGAGAUGGCAUUGGUGAUGACAUGGAGAAGCUGGCUGCCUGCUUGAAUACUGCUGUGCGCUGGAUUUGGUAUGAGGACAUGGAAGCUCAUUUAGCCACUGCGAAGCAAAAUUUCGAAUCAUUGAAGCAUAGGUAA